AUGGAUUCAACCGCAUUAGAUGAUAUCAAAUCUUCAUUAGAUGAACUUAAAGCCUCUCAAGAAAAAAAAAUCUCUACCUCUCAAAUGUCUACUAAUGAAAACUUAUUAUCUGAAGUAAUGGAGAGACAAUCACGCUCAUGUAAUUUAAUUAUUUUUAAUUUACCUGAAUCUAAGGAAGAUUCCCAAACUAAAAUAACUGAUUAUGAUCAACUCGUAACCAUAUUUAACACAAUGGAAACAAAUCCAACAAAAUUUACCUGUCAUCGUCUCGGAAAACCAAAUUCAAAUACUGAAAAUAAGUCACGUCCUUUAAAAGUUGUAUUAUCCAAUACCAUUGAAGUGUUCACAUUACUUCGUUCGCAAGCAAAAUUACGUAAUUCUCCAAAUUGGUCUAAUAUUCGCCUGGCUUCCGAUCGCACAACAAUGCAACGUGAUCAUAUGAGAAAUUUACGUGAACAAUUACAGAAACGAAGAGAUAAUGGCGAGAACGAUCUAAUUAUUAAAUACAAUAAAGGCAUUCCAAUAUCUUUUCCUGACAAGUGGAAAUUUUCAUUUAUUACACCAAUUUUUAAAAAAGGUAAUAAAUCAUUAGUUACUAAUUAUCGACCUAUCUCUAAAAUUUCAAUCUUACCAAAAAUAUUUUCUAAAUUAGUAAAUAAUAAAAUUUUUCCAUUAUGUGAAAACAUUCUUUCAAAUGAACAACAUGGUUUUCGCCCAGGGCGUUCAACAAUAACUAAUCUUAGUAUAUUUAAGCAAUUAAUUCUGGAAUCUUUCAAUAACAAAUCUCAAUUUGACGUUAUUUAUACGGACUUUGAAAAAGCCUUCGAUAGAGUUAAUCAUUCUCUUCUAAUAACAAAACUUAAAGCUUAUGGAUUUUAUGACCCACUUCUUUCAUGGAUUCAUUCCUUCUUAACCAAUCGCACUCAAGCCGUAAAAUAUGAAAAUUAUAUUUCAGAUCGAAUUAAUAUUUUAUCCGGCGUUCCUCAGGGUGAUCACUUAUCACCCUUACUAUUCUCGAUAUUCAUAAACGACAUUAAUAAAAUUUUAAAACAUUCAAGUUGUCUUUUACUUGCGGAUGACACAAAAAUAUAUAAGAAUAUUAAAUGCACUAAUGAUGCAUUAGAACUACAAUGUGACUUAAACAGCCUUUAUCAAUGGUGUAUUGAAAAUGAUAUGUCUUUGAAUAUUGAUAAAUGUGCUAUAGUCUCAUUUUCUUUAAAAAAGAAUACUUUACUUUUUGAUUACACAUUAAAUAAUUCAAUCUUAACUCGUAAUUAUGUAAUUAAAGACUUAGGUGUUUUUUUCGAUACAAAACUUUCAUUCAAUUUUCAUGUUAAUUAUAUAAGAAACAAAUCCUACAAGAAACUUGGCUUAGUAAAACGUAUGUGUAAAGAUUUUUACGAUGAAUCAGCCCUAAAAAUCUUCUAUAUACUCAUAACAGUCAUAACCAUAAUUAUUAUCUGUUGUAGUAGAAUAAAAAAUAUGAUAAAGUUCGAUGCUCGAAGACCAACAAGAGUUCCUUUGCUUGGCAACUUACUAGAAAUUCAAAAGCUCAAGAAUAAAUUAGGAUUCUAUCACUUGGUUUGGGCUAAGUUGGCCAAAUGUUACGGCCAAGUGUAUUCUGUAAAAUUUGGUCCAAUAGAAACAGUAGUAGUUUCUGGAUAUGACGCAGUACGGGAAGUUUUGUCCAAAGACGACUUUGAUGGACAAUCAGAUGGAUUUUUUUUCAGAACCAGAGCUUUUUAUAAGAGAUUAGGCAUAGUAUUUGUUGAUGGACCAAUGUGGACCGAACAGAGAAAAUUUUGCAUGCGACAUUUACGACAAUUGGGAUUUUGUGGUGAUGUAAUGGAAAAAAUUGUAAUUGAAGAAGUUAACGAUCUCAUAUUAGACAUAACAAGAAAAUAUGAGAAUGGUAAAUCAAUUGAAGUGCAUGGUUUAUUUGAAGUAUCAGUUUUAAACGGUCUUUGGGCAAUGUUAGCUGGUGGUAGAUUUUCAUUGAAUGAUUCUAGACUUGCACGAAUUGUAGAAUUAGUACAUGAAAGUCUUAGAAUGUUAAAUAUGCCAGGAGGGAUAUUAAACCAGUGGCCAUUCAUUCGGUAUUUAGCACCCAAAUUUUCUGGAAAUAAAUACCUCAAACAAAUAAUUAACGAAUUAUAUAUGCUAUUAAAAGAAUCAGUAGAAGAGCACAAAUGCAGUGAAAAUGAUCAGGAAGACUUUAUAAGUGCAUUUUUAAUUGAUAUUGAGAAAAAUAAAGAAUCUCUGGGGUCGUUUUCAGAAGAACAGCUUGUUGUUAUAUUAUUGGAUUUGUUUUUAGCUGGCUCGGAAACCACAAGCAUCACGUUAUCAUCUGUAAUUUUACAUCUCCUUAUGAAUCAAGAGGUUCAAUCCAAAGUACGUGCAGAGUUGGAUGCGGUAAUUGGAGAUCAAGAAAUUCAUCCUUCAGAUAAAAAAAGAUUGAACUAUCUUGAAGCCGUAUUUAUGGAAGUUCAGAGACUUAGUAACGUUGUUCCGUUAGCAAUCGCUACCAAUAGAUCUAUUCGAAAAACCACCCUACAAGACUAUAUAAUACCAAAAGAUACACUAGUAUUGGCGAGUAUAUGGAGUGUUCAUAUGGAUGGGCAGCAUUGGGGUGAUCCUGAGGUAUUUCGACCGGAAAGAUUUUUGGACAGUAAAGGAAAAAUUAUAAAUGAUAGUUGGCUUAUGCCAUUUGGUGUUGGUAGACGAAGGUGCCUUGGAGAGAAAUUGGCUAAGACGUAUAUAUUUAUGUUCAUUGCAAAAUUGAUUCAACAUUUUGAGAUACGAAUUCCGCACGAUAUUCAAUUGCCAGAUAAGCUUCAAAAUGGUAUAGAUAUUUCUCAAUCUCCAGUGUCUGCUUUUUUUAUACCUAGACGUCGUUUAAAAGCCAAUUAAAUAAAAUUUAAAACACUCCAGAAUCAUAAAUUUAAAAAAAAAAUUAACAAUUUCUUUAACUAUACAU